UGUGAAUGCCUGUGAUGAAAUGGGCCAAGGUUUAAAAACCUGCUGAGUUGAAACGCUGGAACUAAAUUGAAGCAGCAGCAGAAACCGCGAUCAUGAUGGAAAGAUUCACACCAGUGAUAUUUUUCCUUCUGGUUUCAUGUGUCUGUAUGAUAUCAGGACAGACAUGUGAAGGAAGUUGUGGAUACAAAUUUGACUCGUGCUCGUGCCGCUCGACAUGUGUGGCUCUUAAGAACUGCUGUACAGACUAUAGAGAGUACUGUGUUGAAGUAUUCCCAUACUCCGGCUCCAUUUUGGGUGGGACAGAUUUAAUUGUCCUCAAAGCGAUAUUCAACAAGAGUUCAGAGCUUCUCUGCAGGUUCAACAGCAAUAUCGACACUGUGGGCUACGUGGAUGAAGGCGGUCAAGGCCAUUGCAUCUCCCCACUGUUGUAUCAAACAGGAUGGGUUUCCCUGCACAUCUCCUCUGAUAACGGCACAACAUUCAAUAGAGUUGGAACAUGGCUCUCAGUGCAUACUGGCAAGUUAGACGCUAAGUUUAAGGCAAUUCUUGUCAACUCCACCAAAUGGCAGUACUACGGCACACCCGCGGUUGGAGGCUCUCUUGAGAUGACAUGGAACACGUCUUUGGUCAGAGCGGAGAGGGUCAACGUAGAGCUGUGGGGAUACAGGGAGACAGGGAAACCCUACGCAAACGACUGGCAGGGUGAGUGGCAAUACCUCUACUCACUUGCCAAGAAUCAGCUCAACAAUGGGUCGUUUAGCUUUUUGCCCAAACCGGCGCAGAGCGGCUUUUCAAGUUGGGAGGUCGGCGCUCUGCGCGUGAGCUCCAGCAACAACUCUGAUGGCAGAUGGGAUGUACAAGCGGCGUGGACUGAGGAUCACGCCCUGGCCUGGCAUCUGGAGGACAAGUUCAGGCAGAACUCAACGGUCUGGGCCCUGGAGAAAUGUUUAGCGUGGGACCAGUUGGAAAAUGAGCUGCCCAACUUCCUCAGUGAGAUCAUAGACUGCCCCUGCACACUGGCUCAAGCAAGAGCAGACACCGGGAGGUUCCACACCGACUAUGGCUGUGACAUAGAGAAGGGCAGCGUGUGCACCUACCACCCCGGGAGCGUUCACUGUGUGAGGGCCAUACAGGCCAGUCCCAAAUAUGCGGCGGGACAGCAGUGUUGCUACGACGCCACUGGCACUCAGGUGCUGACAGGAGACUCGAUCGGGGGAAGCACCCCAGACCGAGCACACGACUGGGGCUCAUCUCCGUUUCUGAGACCCCCUCGAGUCCCCGGACAGUCCCACUGGGUCUAUGACGUCCUCAGCUUCUACUACUGCUGCCUGUGGUCCGACAACUGCCACUACUACUUCAAACACCGUCCCUCCAGCGACUGCAGGAGGUACCGGCCACCGAGCUCAGCGGUGGUGUUUGGAGAUCCCCACUUCGUAACCUUUGACGGUGUCAGGUACUCCUUCAACGGCAAGGGAGAGUACACUCUGAUGACCUCGGCAAAGACACAGCUGACCAUCCAGGGAAGGACGGAGCCUGUGAAUACCACGAUAAAAGCGACAAAGCUGACUGCCGUGGCCAUGAAAGAGACGUCCUCUGAUGUCGUCGAGGUGCGGCUGGUCAGCGGUCACAGCGGCCUUGAAGUUCUCCAGAAUCAAAAAACUCUCUCCUUCGCUGAGCAGAGCUGGAUGGACCUGCAGGGUGUGUCCGUGUUUUCUCCCACUUCCAGAAACGUGACCGUCAUGUUCCCGAGCGGAGCCGGGGUGGAGGUGCGACUGAGAGGGGAAACCGUGACGACCACAGUGCUCCUGCCAGAGGAGUUCAACGACUCCACUCUCGGACUGCUGGGAAAGAUGAACGGCGACGCCAAAGACGACCUCGCUCUCAGCAACGGCGAACUCGUGAGGAACCUCAGCAAUCCAGAGGAGGUGUUCGGCUUCGGGGCGAGCUGGGCCAUCUCCAACGAGUCCGCCUUGUUCACAUAUGAUUCAGAAAUUCUUUUGAACACAUACUAUUAUGUUUCCAGACAUGACAAUAGCUUUGUUCCAGUGUUUUCUGUCCCUAAGAGUCCGGAUGAUCCAUUAGCCAAUCAGACAUAUGAGAUAUGCACCGGAGAGGGCGCUGAGUACUGCAGGUACGACAUCCUGGUAGGUCGCAGUCCAAGAAUGGGAAAUGCAACCAAAGUGUCUUUCCAGAGUCACGUUUCUCUUGCAGAGGAUCUAAAGCAAGUGAUAUCCUGUGGAUGGCUUGGACCUCCAAAUAAUGGGAAGAAGCAGGGGACCCGCUAUUUACAAGGAGCUACUGUGCAUCUUUCCUGCAACGAAGGCUUCACUCUGAAAGGAUCCGCAGAGAGAAAAUGCCUGCGGAACGGCAGCUGGUCUGGAAACGAUACAACCUGCGUGGUUCCCAGUAAUAUCGCAGGCAUCGUGGUUGGUUCAGUCGUUGGAGCGUUAGCGCUGAUUUUAAUAAUAACGAUGAUCGUACUCUACUCCAGGAAACAGAAAAGAAAAGCUGAACGGUCAGGACAAGAUACGACGAGUGAGGACUCAACUGUUCAUCAAGCGUAAACCUUUAAAUUUAUAAAUGAAUGCAUGCACUUCGAGACACACAUGACACAAACAAGAAACCAAGCCGUGUUGAUAGAUAAUCAGGUUGGGCAAAGGUCAGCGCACAGUUAGUUAAAGAGCAACUACACCCUGCAUUGUUUACACGCCGCUUAUUCCGUCGCAUAAAUGUAUUAUUGCACUGAUAUCAAUGUGCUGAACCUCCAACAUGUUUUGCAUUUCUGAACACAUCCACCAUAAACGCUUGUAAGAUCAUUUACAAUCAGUCAUCAAGUUGGAUGAUCUAUUUCUGAAGGGGAGGCCAAACGCAAAGACGUUCUGUUAGCCAGUUUUACAAGCUAACAAUAUUUGAUAGAUGAAACAUCAACCUCCUUCCAUCUAAACAUUAUUGUUGAGUGUUGAGCUGCUCAUCAUCUGUAUAUUUAAACCAACAGACUGAGAUUAAAUGAACUCUGUACUCAUAUAUGUGAUUGUCAUCGUAUGCUGAUGAAUAUUGUCUCAAUGUUUACAGUUUUUAACGUUGUUGGACAACAAAGUUGUACAAAUAGACGGUCAUCUGUGACUUCAGUUUAAUAUGUAUGUUUGUUAUUUUUGGGAUUGUUCUGCCAAACUUAAGACAGAACACAACGAACGCAUUUUGUUUUAUUUUUAUUUGUAUCCACGAUUUGUCCUCAUUUUGUCUCUACCCAUUGAUUUUUGAGUAAACGGUGUUUUCUCAUUUCGGUCUGUAAGAAACUGUUUUCGCACUUAUAUGUUUUUUUAUUUUCCUGCUGUGACGUCAAUACUGACAAUUGAGAAAAUCCCAUAUGAAGUUAAAUUCUCUUUUUCUGCAUGUUGAAGAUUUGAAUUAAACUCAAAAUAUAACCAUUAAAAUUUAAACUAAAUAUAAACUAUAUAUAUUCAGAA